AUGUUUUCGCGAAAGUUCUACGUUCUCCAGUUGGACUUGACCUCGAAUCCGAAUUUGCGGCGCAAGGUUUCUUUACUUCGAUCCGAAUUCCGUGGAUUGAAAUGUGUGCAAGUGGAACUGUGCUAUAAUGUGGCGUUGGAACCUGAGAGUGGUGACAGCGGAUUGUGCAAAUUCGAUGAAGACAAACUCCGCUGGGUCUUUUCCCAAUGGGGGAACAAGGUCAGAGAUGAAUCGCAAUUCGUCUUGGGGGAAGAAGUCUCCGAUCCGUGGAAGUUGAUCGAAAUUGGGCCGAGGCUGAACUUCACGACCCCGUUUUCCACGAAUGUGGUUUCCAUUUUGCGUGCUGUGGGUGUUGAAAGCGUGUCUCGUGUUGAAUUGAGCACACGUUACCUUUUGUGGUUCGAGAGCGUAGUCGAGGAUAGUAUGAUUGCAGAGAUGUCUGAGAAGUUGCAUGACCGGAUGACCGAGUGUGUUUACGACGAAAACACGCUUUCCGACAUCGGGAAAGUUGUGAUUGACAAAUCUUUGGAAAGAGUUCCGUUGUUGGCAGAGGGUCGAGCUGCUUUGGAAAAGCUGAACAAAGUCAUGGGUCUCGGUUUCGACGACUGGGAUCUUUCUUGGUACACAAAAAUGUUCCAAGAACUCGGUCGUGACCCCACGACUGUCGAGUGCUUCGAUCUUGCCCAAUCCAACAGCGAACACUCUCGACACUGGUUUUUCAAGGGUGACCUGGAAAUGAAUGGGCAUCACUUGGGGCAGACCUUGUUCGAGUUGAUCAUGGCUACUCAGGAAGGGAGCAAUCAAAAUAACGUCAUCAAAUUUUCUGACAAUAGUUCAGCCAUUGAAGGGUUCGUCACGAGAAUGUUUCUACCUCUCGAAAGCGGUUCUAGUGCUCCGUUUCUGGUCAAAGAUGGCAAACGGCACAUCGUGUUCACUGCAGAAACGCACAAUUUUCCCACUGCCAUUUGUCCGUUUAGUGGUGCUGCUACGGGUACUGGAGGAAGAAUAAGGGAUGUUCAAGCGGUUGGACGAGGAGGUCAUGUGAUAGCUGCUUCUGCUGGAUAUUGCUUCGGAAACUUGAAAUUUCCAGGAGAAGGUCAUCGUUGGAACACGGAUGGACCGAGUUACCCAGAGAGCUUUGCGACUCCAUUAGAAGUUGCCAUUCAAGCGAGCAACGGAGCUUCGGAUUACGGCAAUAAGUUUGGAGAGCCAGUGAUCCUCGGCUUUGUGCGUUCUUUCGGCUUAAAUCUCAUCAAGCAAACUGGAUUUCACAAGGAGUGGAUGAAGCCGAUUAUGUUUUCCGCUGGCAUUGGAACUUUAGAUGAGGCUUUAGUUUCAAAGGAAACCCCGGCGAAAGGAAUGUUGGUCGUGAAAGUUGGAGGGCUUCCGUAUCGUGUUGGUGUCGGGGGCGGAGCCGCAAGCUCUGCUCAAGUCCAGGGCUCAGGCAAAGCUGACCUCGAUUUCAACGCUGUUCAACGCGGAGAUCCCGAAAUGGAACAAAAGAUGAACCGUGUCAUUCGAGGUUGCAUCGAAACCGGUCUGAUGAAAGGCGAAAACCCGAUCCUGAGCAUUCACGACCAGGGUGCGGGGGGUAACGGGAACGUGUUGAAAGAACUGGUGGAACCCGCCGGGGCUGUAAUCAGAGCGAAGGAUUUUCAACUCGGGGAUCAGACGAUGACGCCCUUGGAGAUCUGGGGUGCGGAGUAUCAGGAAAGCAAUGCUUUGUUGUGCUCCAAAGAUGGGUUGGAUGUGCUUGCUGGAAUUGCCGCUAGGGAAAAGUGUCCUGUGGAUGUUGUCGGUGAAGUUACCGGCGACGGGAAGAUUGUUUUCGAAACUGAUGUAAGCGGCAAAGAAGAAUCUCGUGCUGUGGACCUCCCGUUAGACGUGAUACUCGGCUCACUGCCAAAGAAGAAGUUCGAACUGUCCCUGCACACUCCGAAAUACGGUUUAGUUACAUAUCCGACGGACAUGCUCAUUCCCGAACUCUUGAAUGCCGUGAUUGGACAAACUUCGUUGAGUAGCAAACGUUGGCUCACGAAUAAAGUGGAUCGCUCUGUAACUGGUCUCGUGGCUCAGCAACAGUGCGUUGGACCAUUUCACGUUCCGAUUGCUGACGUGGCUGUCAUCGCCUUGUCGUAUUUCGAUACGGUGGGUUCAGCCACUUCAAUCGGCGAACAGCCUUUAAAAAUAUUGUCGGAUCCCGGAGCAGGCGCCAGGAUGUCCGUCGCGGAAAUGUUGACGAACUUGGCAGCGGCUCCGAUUUCCAGCAUCAAAGAUAUCAAAUGCAGCGGUAAUUGGAUGUGGCCCGCGAAGAUUAUAAACGAAGGUGCGAAUUUGGUCGCGGCUUGUCGGGCAAUGUGCGAAACGAUGCAGUUGCUUGGGAUUGCUCUCGACGGUGGGAAAGAUUCGCUAUCUAUGGCUGCAAAGGAUCGGCAUGGCGAAACGGUCCUGUCCCCUGGAUCUUUAGUGGUUUCGGGUUACGCCCCUUGUGUGGAAAUACGCAAAAUCGUGACGCCGGAUCUGAAACUUCCGUUUCGAGAUGGCGCCGGGAAAUUGAUCCUCGUCAGACCGUGCAAAACGAGUGAGACGGAACUUCGAUGGAGACUCGGUGGAUCGGCAUUUGCCCAGUGUUUUUUGCAAGUUGGUUCUGACCCGCCGGAUCUCGAUCAUCCUGAACUCCUCGUCGAUGCUUUCAAUGCGAUCCAGCACUUGAUCAAAGGCGCCAGGAUGUCCGUCGCGGAAAUGUUGACGAACUUGGCAGCGGCUCCGAUUUCCAGCAUCAAAGAUAUCAAAUGCAGCGGUAAUUGGAUGUGGCCCGCGAAGAUUAUAAACGAAGGUGCGAAUUUGGUCGCGGCUUGUCGGGCAAUGUGCGAAACUAUGCAGUUGCUUGGGAUUGCUCUCGACGGUGGGAAAGAUUCGCUAUCUAUGGCUGCAAAGGAUCGGCAUGGCGAAACGGUCCUGUCCCCUGGAUCUUUAGUGGUUUCGGGUUACGCCCCUUGUGUGGAAAUACGCAAAAUCGUGACGCCGGAUCUGAAACUUCCGUUUCGAGAUGGCGCCGGGAAAUUGAUCCUCGUCAGACCGUGCAAAACGAGUGAGACGGAACUUCGAUGGAGACUCGGUGGAUCGGCAUUUGCCCAGUGUUUUUUGCAAGUUGGUUCUGACCCGCCGGAUCUCGAUCAUCCUGAACUCCUCGUCGAUGCUUUCAAUGCGAUCCAGCACUUGAUCAAAGCCGGAGCAAUUGAAGCGAUUCACGACAUCAGCGAUGGAGGGCUGAUAAUAUGCCUUCUUGAAAUGGCUUUCGGGGGUUACUGCGGAAUAGACGUGAAUAUUACGCAUGAAGUUCUGGGUCAUACCGACGGGCUGGUCAACUGUUUGUUCGGCGAAGAAGCCGGCUGGGUAAUUGAAGUUGCUGAGGCUUUCGUGGAUGUUGUCCUGAGCACCUUCUCCAAAGUUGGUGUCUUUGCAGUCGUUCUUGGAACAUCGAAGGAUUUCGGGGCUUCAUCGCAGAUCGUUAUUCGUGAAAUGGAUGAACCGGUUUUCGAUGAGAAGAUGACGGUGUUGUUCUCAGCCUGGGAAAAGACGAGUUUUGAGUUGGAGCUUCUGCAAGCUACUCCGGAUUGCGUGAAACAGGAAUUUGCUUCGAUUGAUGCUCGUGUGAAACCCGUAGUGUUGGAGAGUUUGCCUGCAUUUGAAUUGUCCGCGGAAAAUUUACUACCAAUUGUCCGUGAGCCAGAUUUUGUCGGUAUUCGUGUUUGUGUACUGAGGGAAGAAGGAUGCAACGGAGAUCGAGAAAUGGCAGCUGCUUUGCAUUUAGCCGGAUUUGAAGUGUGGGACGUUAUGAUGUCGGAUUUGAUCGAUGGCAGAGUUGUAUUGGACCAGUUUCGAGGGAUCAUUUUUCCUGGAGGCUUCAGCUACGCUGAUGUUCUCGGUUCCGCCAAGGGCUGGGCUGCGAGCCUAACAUUCCACUCGAACAUCAAACAACAAGUGCUCGCCUGGAAAUCACGACCCGACACUUUCAGUCUGGGCGUUUGCAACGGUUGCCAACUGAUGACCCUGGUUGGUUGGCUCUUCAACAUGGACCUGGAAAAUGCCGAGACGGAACCCACGCAGUUCCCGAUCCACUUGGAUCACAACGACAGCGGUCGGUACGAGUCCCGGUUUUCCUGGGUUAAGGUGAUGGCGACCAACAGCGUGUUCUUCACUGGACUGGCGGAAGCGUGUCUCGGGGUCUGGGUGGCACACGGAGAAGGGAAAUUCGUGUUUCGGGAUCAAAAUGUUCUUCGAGGACUGGAAGAGGACGGCUGUGUGGCGAUGGUGUACACGGAUGACUCGGGGGAGAGGACGAUGGAUUAUCCGUUCAAUCCGAAUGGAAGUGGCGUGGCAGCGAUCACGUCGAAAGAUGGAAGACAUCUUGCGAUGAUGCCGCAUCCGGAAAGAUGCGUCCAUUGGUGGCAGUGGCCAUUUGUGCCGUCGAAGCCAACCGGGGACUUUUCGCCGUGGAUGCAGUUCUUCGUGAACGCGUACGAGUGGUGCAAUAGCUGAGCUUGCGGAGCAAAAUUUUUUUUUGUUUUGGUGCUGGUGGGGAACUCAAUUUUCAUUCGGUGAGGAGAGUUAACUAAUUUUUCUUAAUUAUACCUAUUCGAUAUUAUUUACAUUGUAUUUAAUCUAAUUUUAGGAGUGAAGUAGUGUUGAGGCUGUUCAUUUAUUUUCUGUGAAUCUCAUGCGGCAAAUACUGAAAGAAUAUUUGUACCGCGUUGUUGAGCAUAAAUGUUUUUGAAAAGUA